AUAACAACACGAUUCCGUCUUUCGCCUGCCAAAAGCGAGCAAAACACUUCAGUGGUGAAUCGUUGAUAAAGGAGUACCAAGCGACCAAUCACGUGAAAGAAUCACACAGCAACCUGCCUAACAAGGGUUUUGAUACGAGAAGGCGCUGGCUCCCGCUAACACAGGGAGAGUUAGACUGUAGCGUUUGUCAACAGAUGUAACCGAGAAGAAAUCGACCGCUGCGCUUACAACACAGGAAAGCACAAAGACUGGACUACUCUCGGCUGCUCCUGAGUGACUCAAAAUGUGCGGGAUCAAGUGCAUGAAAUAUCUGCUGUUUGUAUUUAACUUUUUUUUCUGGCUGUCUGGACUAGCAGUUCUUGGGAUUGGAAUAUGGACCAAGGUAGAUGCUGGCCAGUUUGACUCAUUCCUCGGCAGCAGUGGCUACUCCAUACCAGCAUGGACCAUGAUUGGGGCAGGUGCAUUCGUCACCUUUGUUGGUUUCUUUGGCUGUUGUGGAGCAGUAAAGGAGAGCCGCUGCAUGCUUGCUACAUUUUUUGCUCUGUUGCUGAUCAUCUUCUGUGCUGAGAUAGUUGCUGGAAUUCUUGGGUUUAUUUAUCGGGACAAGGUCCAAGAAGAAAUCAAGAUAAACUUAGAUGAACAAAUCCGGAAUACGUAUGGCUAUGACUCAGAAGUGGAGUCACACAUCAACAAUUUACAGAUUCAAUUGAAGUGCUGUGGCGGGGAACGUCCUGGUGAUUGGUUGGGCAGCAAAUGGAAACGUGAUCUGAACAAAGACAAGAUUGUCCCACUUAGCUGCUGUACGGAGAAUGCCAAUAAGACCACAUGCUACAAAGAUGAUACCUAUAAGGAAGUCUAUUCCUCGGGCUGCGUAAAUGAAUUGAAGACGUUUGUGGAUAAACACAUGAUUUUGAUCGGAGCAAUCGCCGUUGGCAUAUCCAUCGUACAGCUGCUAGGCAUGAUCUUCUCAUGUUGCCUGUUUUGUUCCAUUGACAAUGACUGAGGAUUAUCACUGUGCACGUGCUCGUUCCCACUCCACUGGGGAAAAGCUAGUUCUUGGCCACUCACAGGUCGGCAAGGAACGCCUAGAAGAAUUCGACACUCGUGUAACACUUGUUGUGUCUUGACAAGAAUUGUUUUUGAGGGACAUGCUGGUUGACGCAAAGAUUAAUUAUCAUGCAAUUCUAGCAGUUGCGAAUUGUUAAAUCCUUGGAUGGUUGAGUGUAGUUAGACAGUAUAGAACUGUUUUCGACUUAAUUCAUCAGGUUGUUUUUGGAACUUUUCUAAUCCGGAUAUUUCGUUGAAUUUAUACUAUGUACUUCUAUAGGGAAUAUAGCCAGAUUCCUUAAAAUAUCAAAUUACGUGACUACCCAUACCAUCAGCGUUUGCCUGGAUACGAGGUUACUCCUUGCGGAGAGAGGAAACAUGGUUUGAUGGCCAAAAGAUGGCAGACAUUCAUACAUCUUUUUCAUACAACUCACUUUUUCAGAUUACACUUUUCUACUGCCCUCAAACCGAUUACAAAGCCUUGCAACUUUAACUGGAUUGUUAAAUUAGUUCUAUGCCGUCUUGGUUUAUGAUUAACUCUCUUUACGUUACACGAUAACCCAUCUAAUUGAGUAAUUUAUAGAUGUAUCAAAUAUUCUUGAGUUUGUAUUUCCACGUUUUAUUUCAUAUUAUUUAUACAAAUAACAAAUAACAAUUACUAUAAUAACAUAAAUACUAUAAGUAUCAUAAAAGUUAUUCACAGAA